ACACAAUGAGAGCACACAGAACGACUAUGAUCAAGGGUGUUCUGGAAGAACGAGUCAUGAUCCUGGACGGUGCGAUGGGCACGAUGAUUCAGCAGUUCGGCCUGGACGAGGCGUCGUACCGAGGAUCGGAGUUCGCCCACCACGGCAGGCCUCUGCAAGGCAACAAUGACCUGCUCAACCUGACCAGACCGGACAUUGUUAUGGAGAUACACAAGCGCUACCUGGAAGCUGGAGCCGACUUCGUGGAAACGAACACUUUCACUUCGACAGCUGUAGCCCAAGCCGAUUACGGACUGAGCCAUCUGGCUUACCGUCUUAACCUGGAAGGCGCCAGGCUAGCCCGCCAAGCUUGCCAGCAAGUAGAAGCCCAAACAGGCAUUCCGAGGUUCGUGUGCGGGGCGCUGGGACCGACCAACCGGACGCUGUCAAUAUCGCCGUAUGUUGACAGACCGCAUGAACGCAAUGUAUCUUUCGACGAACUAAGCGCCGCCUACGGGGAACAAGUGCGCGGUCUCGUCGGUGGUGGCGUGGACGUGCUUCUUGUCGAAACUGUCUUCGACACUGCCAACUGCAAGGCAGCAUUGGUGGCGAUACAAGAAUACUUCGAAGCAUCCGGAGAGAGCCUCCCUGUCUUUAUUUCAGGGACUAUCGUCGACAAAAGUGGACGAAAUCUGUCGGGACAAACUUGCGAGGCAUUCAUUCUGAGCGUCAGCCACGUAAGGCCGCUCUGCAUCGGCCUCAACUGCGCCCUCGGAGCCACUGAAAUGCGACCGUACUUGAAAGACACGUCUGUUUUCACUGAUGCAUAUGUGAUCUGCUACCCUAACGCUGGAUUGCCUAACGAGUUUGGCGAGUAUGACGAGACUCCAGAAGCCAUGGCAGACAGAAUUAAGGAGUUUGCCGAGAGCGGUUUGGUGAACGUAGUAGGCGGCUGCUGUGGGACGACGCCGGAACAUGUCCGCGCCAUUGCGGAUGCCGUGAGAGGUUUGAAACCGAGGCCGCCACCCGUGGCGGUCAGAAGAGGUUGCCUCAGUCUUUCCGGACUCGAAGCGGUGGUAAUCACGUCGGAGACGCUGUUUGUGAACGUCGGCGAACGCUGCAACAUAGCCGGAUCUCGAAGGUUUGCCGAGAUGCUCCGACAGGGGAAAUACCAGGAUGCCCUACAAGUGGCAAAGGAGCAGGUGGAGAUGGGGGCGCAGAUAUUGGACAUCAACGUCGACGACGGAAUGAUUGACGGAGUGAACGCGAUGACGAAGUUUCUCAACUUGAUCGCCAGCGAGCCCGAAGUGUCCAAGGUUCCCAUCUGUAUCGACUCGUCGAACUUUGACGUGAUUCUGGCCGGCCUUAAGUGCACCCAGGGAAAAGGUAUCGUCAACUCUAUCAGCCUCAAAGAAGGCAGGGAGGUAUUUCUGAGGCAGGCACUCGCGAUAAAGAAGUUCGGCGCGGCGGUGGUUGUCAUGGCUUUCGACGAACUGGGUCAGGCGACGGAUGAGGACCGCAAAGUGGAGAUAUGCACGAGGUCGUACGAGAUCCUUGUUCGGGACGCAGGGUUGGAUCCCAGCGACGUCAUCUUCGACCCUAACAUCCUGACCGUCGCAACGGGCUUGUUGGAGCACGCCAAUUACGCGGUGGACUUCAUCAACGCCACCCGUCGAAUUAAAGCGACCCUGCCGGGAGUCAGAGUCAGCGGAGGAGUGUCCAACUUGUCUUUCGCGUUUCGUGGCCACGAUCGGAUUCGGGAAGCGAUGCACAGCGUCUUCCUUCUCCACGCUAUUGACGCUGGCAUGGACAUGGGUAUCGUCAAUGCCGGAUGUCUUCCCGUCUACGACACCAUAGACCCUGAGCUUCUCGAGCUCUGCGAAGCAGUCGUCAUGAACACGGACCCAGAAGCAACGGAGAAGCUUCUGGAAUACUCUAAGGGCUUGGACUCUCGCAUAGAAGAGGACGUGGAGGAAGCCCGGCAAAAGAAGGAUGCCUACCCACUCGCCCUAAAUCUCAUCGAGGGACCAUUAAUGACGGGCAUGAGCAUCGUUGGUGACCUAUUCGGCGAAGGAAAGAUGUUCCUGCCCCAAGUGAUCAAGUCAGCGCGGGUGAUGAAGAAGGCCGUCGCCUACCUAAUACCUUUUAUGGAGCGCGAGAAGGAGGAAGCAAGGAAGUCCUUAGGGAGCACGGCGACAAACCAGGUUAGCCACUCCGGUGUCGUUGUUCUGGCUACCGUCCGCGGUGACGUGCACGACAUCGGAAAGAACAUCGUGGCAGUCGUCUUGGGCUGCAAUAACUUCAAGGUUAUUGACCUCGGCGUCAUGGUCCCGUGCGAUAAGAUACUGGACGUCGUUCGAGAGGAAAAUGCCGACAUCCUAGGCCUAUCAGGUCUCAUCACCCCAUCCUUGAACGAAAUGAUUCACGUCGCAACGGAGAUGGAACGACAGAAGUUCUCCGUGCCGCUGCUCAUAGGAGGCGCCACGACAUCGAAGCGCCACACCGCUGUGAAGAUAGCGCCACGUUACCGCCAGCCGGUGAUCUACGUUCCCGACGCUUCGAAGAGUGUCGUUGUGUGCACUGCUCUGCUGGACGCCAAGAAAAAAAGUGUGCUUGUCGAAGACAUUGACGAGGAGUACGAGGAACUCAGAGAGGACUACAUGGACUCGCAAAGGGAAAGGAAAUACGUCUCUCUGGAAUAUGCCAGGCAGAACAAACUUCGGCUCAACUGGAACGCUGAUUUUAGCCCAACAAAGCCACAGUUCUUGGGUAACAAGAUUUUUCACGACGUCAACAUUGAGGAGCUGGUGCCUUACAUCGAUUGGAAACCGUUUUUCGACGUGUGGCAGCUGAAAGGGAAAUACCCGAACCAGCGGUACCCGAAAAUAUUUGAAGAUGAUCAUGUUGGCCAAGAAGCGAAAAGGUUGUUUGACGAAGCCAAUCAGAUGCUUGCGGAGAUCAUCGAUAGCCGAUUGCUUCAAGCGCGUGGUGUAGUCGGAUUUUACUCGGCCAACAGUGUUGGCGAUGAUAUCCAUCUCUACGCUGACGACGGUUUUCCCAGGAGACAUGUAGUUGGCACAUUGUAUGGGCUUCGGCAGCAGAUAAACCGUAGCAAGCCUUCGCCCUUCUACUGCCUGUCAGACUUUGUGGCACCCUUGGAGAGCGGCAUCCAAGACUUCGUGGGCCUCUUCGCGGUUUCCGCCGGAUUCGGAUGCGAGAAAGCCUGCGCUCGUUAUCGAGUGAAAAAUGACGACUUCAGAGUGAUCAUGGUAGAAGCCCUCGCUGACCGACUGGCAGAGGCAUUCGCCGAAAUGCUUCACGUCAUGGUCAGGAAACUCUACUGGGGCUACUCGCAGCACGAAUCUCUGGAGGGAGCGGAACUGCAUUCCGUCAAAUACAAGGGCAUCCGACCCGCGCCAGGGUAUCCCUGCCAACCGGACCACUCGGAGAAGCUGACGCUGUGGCGACUGAUGAACGUCCGCGAGGAGGUGGGCAUCGAGCUGACCGACACACUGGCCAUGCGUCCGGCCGCGUCCGUCUGCGGUCUCUACUUGGCGCAUCCUCAGGCCGCCUACUUUGCCGUGGGUCGCGUCACGCGCGAGCAGGUAGAAGACUACUCCAGAAGGAAAGGCACCACUUUUGAGGAAGUACAGAAAUGGCUGGGCCCUAUAUUGGACACAGAUUGA